CACGUUCAUCACGGAGCGGCGCGCAGGCGCUGCGCCAGUAUCAGCACUCAGCAGCUCAUGCAGCAGCUCCACCAUCCUAUCCCGUGUAUCCAGCGGAGCGAGACUCGAGCCACUGUAGUGUAGUCUCGUAGAGGCCGUCAGUCCGCAGACGACCAGCGUACCGUCGCGGUGUGUGCACUUCGCGAUCGCGCGCGUUCGUUCCUUCCCGACAUCGGACAGUUCUCGUACAGGCAUUCGCAUACACGUACAUACACCGCACAGCGAGUCGAGUCUUUUUUCAACGGGAUACCUGCGCUGCUGCGAGACGUGGGGGCAGAGAGCUGCUCCGCGCUCGCCGCUACCUGUGUGCGCGUAUAUCCACUGACAAAAAUUCGAGUGCGCUGAUCUCGCGAGUGUGUGCAUAUAAUCGUCCCCGAGAGAGAUAGUGUGCCCGCAAGGAGAGAAGAUAUCGGAGCAGAGGCAGAUCAAGUGUGCAGGGUCAUCCAUAGCGGCACCAUGACGAGGGGUGGAUCGGCAACCAAACACUCGCCACGCCAGACUCCUCGACAUCAGCUGAAGCUCCAGCAACGCUGAUAAUCCCAAGUCACGCGCUGCAGACAGGCCAGAGGGAAGAAGCGACAACGAAACGAACAAAUAGAGAAGGCGAUGUUCUCGAGAAGAGUAGCGCGCGGAUGCUGCUCGCCUGCACCACAAUCGCCGCGUCGAGGUCGCCGUCGCUGCUCGCGCUGUUGUAGCCCGAAACAGCAGCCUUGAACCUAACCUCACUUCUCUCGCUUUAUCUAUCUCUGUGUGAUCUUCUCCGCUCUGUGCGCGUCAAGGCCACGCGUGUCGUCGCCGUCGAUAAUAUUAGAGGGGACGAUCUCUCUUUCUCGUCGUUUGGUUAUUUUUCGCGAGCCUGCGGCGGCCCACGUAGAGGCGAGGUUGACGCUAGGGGGCGCUCGCGCGAGUGCGCAGUAUCGUUUUUCCGGACACGUGGCUCGAACGGAUUCGGGCGGAUUGAUGAGGUGAAUCGCGCGUAAUAUGGCUUUUAUGAUGAAGAAGAAGAAGUAUAAAUUCUCCGUUGAGGUCGGACUCGAGGAGUUGACCGCGGUGCCUUUCGUCAGCGCUGUGCUCUUCGCCAAGCUCAGGCUUCUGGAUGGAGGAUCCUUCAUCGAUCAUUCAACAAGGGAGGAGGUUGCGGAGCACACGGUCAGGUGGAACGCGUCUUUCAAAUUCCUCUGCAAAAUGAGUGCCAACGCAUCGACGGGUAUACUCGACCCCUGUAUAUUGAGGAUAUCGGUGAGAAAGGAAUCGAAGGGAGGCAGGUCCUUCCAGAAGCUCGGCUUUUGCGACCUGAACCUCGCCGAGUUCGCCGGAGCUGGUCUCUGCCGGAGGCGGUGCCUCCUGGAGGGCUACGACGCGAGGCAUCGCCAGGACAACUCCAUGCUCAGGGUCGCCAUCAAGAUGAACAUGCUGUCCGGUGAUAUCCUCUUCAAAGUACCUUCGCCGUCGCUGAAGCAGACGCAGCUGGCGGUUCCGGGCGUACCGGGCGCCGUUCCGGCCGACGCGGUCGACGAGGUCACGGGGACGGAUCGUUGCAGCAACCGCGAGGACUACGUGUCGACGGGAUCCCUCGCGGGCAGCAUCGCCAGCACCAGCAGCGGCUUCGGCAGUCUUCCCAAGAAGAGGCCGGCACUCUUCACCUCUGAGCUCCUGAGCGGGACGGAACCGUACGACCCGAUGACGCUGAGCGAGAUCGUGCCGUCGGUGCUGCCGGUGCAGGAGCAGCUGAACGAAGCGCACACCGAGUCGGGCCACUCCCGCAACAGUAGUAACACCAGUCAGCUAAGCAAAGGCUCGGGAUACGGCUCGCUCAACUCGCACAGUCAGCACAGUCGGCAGAGCAGCAGCGGUGACAGCGGACACAUCAGGUCGCCCUCGUGGCCGGUCUGGGCGCCUCGGCUGCCGAGCCUCUCCCAGGCGAGCGGCAACAACGGCACGAGCAGCAACGGCAACGGCGCCAGCGACAACAACAACAGCUACUCGACUCCUCCCUCCCACCUGCACCAGCACGGCAAAUCCAAGAACAGCGAGCUCAUCCCGACCGACCACCUGCCCCUGUCCCCGCCCUCUCCCCUGUCCCUCGUGGUGCCUCGCUCGCGCUUCAGCGCCGCCUCGAUCUCGACGCCGCUGACCUCUCGGCUUCGCAAGUCCUCGAAAUCGUCGGCCGCCUCGAGCAGCCCCGCCUCGGACACGCCGCUCAGCGGCAAGCGCAACGGCGUCAAGAUCCCUCUGAGCCCCUCCAAGAGCGAGGACAGCAAGCUCAAGGACAUGGCGUCGUUGGCCGGCGCCGUGUUCCGGGUGCCCGAGGCGAAGGCCGUCUCGGCUCGAGGCAGCAACGGCAACCCGAAGAUCGGCCAUGCGAGCUGGCGCGGCGUGUCCAAGACUUGCGACUGCAUCGAGCGCGGCGGCAAGACCAGCCCGGUGCUGAGGCUAGCCGAGCAGGCCCGAGCCGUUUCCUCGCCCGAUCCCCUGCACAGGCCCGACGCGGCGAGGGCCUCCUUUAUCGCGGCCAUGAGCGCCGCUGCCCUCACCAAUAACAGGAACCCGUCGGGCGGCUCCGGACUCUCGGAGACAGGCUCACUGGACAGGGCGAAGGCGGCACUGGAGCGCAGAAAGAAGGCCGAGGACGGCGGUGGAAACCCGGCCCUCUGCAGGGUCGAGGUCACCAGGCCCAACCCGGACUCGCUCAUCGACGAGCUCAUCAAGGCGACCAACCUCGAGCAGUCCGUGCUCGAAAGCUCCGAGAACGAGUCGACGGGUCUGCAACUGUUCAUAGCGAAGGACGGCACGACGGCGCUGGGCUCGCACGAGGUCAAGUCACAGAUGACGGCAGGGGUGUUCAAGCAGGUGGUAAUGGAGGAGAACAACAGGUAACAGGAAGCCAGUGGCGGCGGCGCUCGGCUGGGCCGCAGCAGCCACUACUACCAGCGUCAGCAGUCGAGCGGCGGUAGCAGCUUCAGCUUGGCCCUCGUGCCCGAGCUCUCCUUCGAGCUCGCCUGCGACGGCAGCCUCUCCGCCCGCCGCGACGACGAGGACCUCUUCGUCAUACGCGACCACAACGGCGUCGCCUUUCGAUCUCUGUCCAGGUUAUGAGAGAUCCUCGCGCACACACACUCUGACACACACACACACAUACACACACGGGGAUACAUACACACUUGCAUUUAUGCCUCGCUACGCGGGGGGCAUGCGGAUAUCACGCGCGGCUCUGCGCUGUUAUUCUCUUCGAUUUCGAUGUCCUUCCUUGAAGCUACUACUGCUGUAAGAGAGAGCUUGGUGGGCUUUUUUCGGCUGGCCGGUGGUCCUCGCUGCGGCGAUCGACGCCUGGAUCUUGAAUCAAAGACAGGGAGACAUUGAGCGAGGGUUACUUAUGUAGAAGAGGAACAAAAGGCUCGUAAUAAAUAAAAUCAAUUAAUUUUUAAGCUGCGUGCGUAGAGGCGAACAAUCCAAGUCGUAGACUGUUUCCGUGCGAGAGCGAGAGAGAGAGAGAGAGAGAGAGAGAGAGAGAGAGAGAGAGAGAGAGAGAGAGAGAGAGAGAGAGUGCGCGCGUGAAAGGCGUAAGAUAGAAAAGGAGAAAUUCACGAUGUAUAAUAAUCUCACAAGCUGUAAGCAAGAAAGUGCUUAAAAUGAUGAUGAUAAAGAAUACAAUAACUCAAAGCGAGAAAACGACACGUACAUACAUUUAAUUAUAUAAAUAUAUAUACCUAUUUUCUUCCGUGAGAAUAAAAAUUAUAAGAAAUAAGUAAUGAAUAAGUAAAACGUGAAGCACAAGAUUUUUUCGUCGCUGUGCUUCGGUCAAAUGGAGCAUUAGUCAAUAAAAUCGAAGUCGUUGGAGAGGAAUAGCUAUGUAAAUAACGUAUACCUAUGUAUAUUGUAAAGCGAUGGUAAAAAAAGAAAAAGCCGCCUUCAGGUGCGACGAAAACUUAUAAAUGUUAACUAAUGUCGAUGCUGCGAGUGCACCAACUUUUUCUCUUGUCCCUUGAACCGCGAAAGAUGAAUUUUUCCUCUCAGUAUAUUCUUUAUUCAUUUUAUUUGCCUUAACAGAGGUUGUACAAGCGGAUUUACUUUUCCAAACUUGUGCUCAGUAUUCAGUUUGCUUCUUUAUUUUUGCUCUUAUUCGCGUCAUUCCUUCAGAUAUAAAUUAAAUAUAUUUUUUUGCGUUUUGUAAACUCGUUGGUUUCUACAUUAGCAAAUCCACCAAAGAUAUCCUUUCGAACCCGGUGAUAAGUUUUUUGGUCGUUGAAUUUUUUGAUGAAGCUUAACAAAGUCUUGAGACUAUAUAUUACGUUUUUCGUCGCUAACGCUUCGGAUAUUAUUAAAAAAAAAAUGCAGAAAACUUUCUUGCAAUGUUCAUGCGUGAGCUUUUUUUAAAUAACUUUUUAUAGAAAAGAACUGAUUUUAAGCGCAAUUUUUUUCGGAAAUGGUAGUUUUUGUUAAGUGACGUGACGUUUUUUGAAGUAUCUAGAAAAGCGUACACUUACGUAAAUUUUUAAAAUAUUUUUAAGAUUUACUGGUAAUUCAUUACUAAUCAUGCCAAACUACUUUCCGAAUAUUUCCCCUAUAAUUUUCUGUGAUUUCUUCACACUUUUUCUCAGUAUCUUCCUUAAUUUUUCAAAGUCCUUUUUAAGAUAAAAAAAUAUUACAAACUCGUAACCAUAAUAAUAAAUUUUUGAUUCCGAAGAAUAAGGGAUUUAGGCGAUGCUUUUUAACGCAUUGACUCGAGAUUGAUUAUUUGCUUAUGAAUAUGUCACAAAUGAUUGGUUGGUGCCACCCGUGAAUAUAAUACAGCAGUUUGUAAAUAUAGUGUAGUGAUUGUUAUGUAGUUAAAUGGCUGGUGUUAUAUACAUUUUCUCCAUAAUUGAAGAAUAAAACUUGUACUCUGUCGGUAUGAAGCGUAUUUUAUGAGAAGCAACUUGUGUAUAAAUGUAACGAAAAAUAACGUUUUUUGCGAAUGAGAAGACAGAAAUGUAUAAUAAAAUACGGAUGUUUUGUAAAUUACUAUUUUUAUUUGCUUUCGCAGCUUACGCCCUUAAAGUAGAUUAUUAUCAGAUGCGGUACAGCGAUUAUAAAAUAGUAAAAUGAUAAAAAUGUAAGCUUCGAUGUCGAAUAAAGAUUGUAAUUUCGCUAAUGCUGCUCGUUGUACUGAUCGUCGCGUGAUUUUCGCGACUACUUCCAAACUUUGUCGAGUAUUCAAUUAAAAAUAAAACAUUGAAACUCAUUAAUUGGUCACCCUGACCUUAACAAUAAGAAGUGCAAGGUAUAGAAUUAUGUAAACCUGCCUAAGAUCGUUGUAAAAAUUUCAUUUGGCUUUUUACAAUUUAGCGAGGAAUUGACACAGCGUCUGAUAAUUUAACGCAAUUGAUCAAAAUCGAAUUGCAAUUUUAGUAUGUUCGUCCUGAAAAAUUUUGUUUGAAACCUUAGACACGUCCUUAUCGAAAAAAACUGCUUUGAACCCCACAAGAAAGUAUAUAAAAAUGUCAAGUCCGCUGUAGUCUUGGCUUAAGAAAUCUCAGGUCGAAUUUCAUCGAAAUGCUAACGUACUGCCAAUGGACUGACGCGUUAGUACACAAUGUUUUCCUUUAACUAAUGUCUUGCAAACGAUUUUUUAACACGCUUGGUUCGCAAUUCAUACCUAAAACACAAAAAGCUCUACGAUUGUGAGAUAAUACAAUUGAUUUGCUAUAAUUUUUGCUGUUAUUAAAGUAAUUACUUCCUUGUAGACGUGAUAGCGUUAGAAGCAGUGGUUAAAAUUUCAUUGUAGAUAAAAAGUACCAAUCGAUCGUUUUCAUCAGAAAUUUGUAUGAAACAAAUUGUCUCAUUGCGCAGUACAUUAUCUUCGAAUUUAGUACAUUUGCCAAUCAAGGACGUAUACCGUAUCAUAUGGAAUUUCAUGAGCACAUUAAAAAGCCAUAGCAACUCAUUCUUCAUCAGCGCUAUACGAAGUGUCAAAUAAUAAGCCAUUAAUAGAGAAAAAAGAGACAGAACGAGUUUAAAAAAAGAAGUUACAAAAUUAGUCGUAUACUCGCGUUUGUAAGUUUAUGUGCAAACGAGCUCGAGCUGUACAGUUGUUUUUUCUAGUAUACCGCAUAGCAUCUUGCGUAAUUAUAUAUUUUAUUUGUAGAUACGGCGAAGAAUUUUUUAUUUAUUUAAAAAUGAGAUAAGAAACCGAGCGGCUCUGCCCCUUCAUCCCGCUAUAUCCGAGAACGAGCAUGGAACGAUUCCUCUUUUUGUACAUUGCGAAAGAAAAAUAGGAUCUGUGCGCUUAACAGCGUAAGAAUUUGAUUGUCUUCUCUUGUCGUGCAAAGUUUUUUUAGCGCGCCACAAAUAAAAAGCAAAAGUAAAAAUGGAACUCCUUCGACGGGCAAAGUUGUCCCUCUCAAGAGAAAAGUCUGAUAGAAAUUUAUGAAAAAUGUAAAAAUUUGACGAAACCUUUAAAAUUAUCCCUUUUUUGAAUGUAAUUUUCGAUAUUUUUAUAUUUUAUUCUAUUAGUUUGCAUCAGGCAUUUUCUGUACAUACGUAUAAAACAAAAGGGAGUUAAUUUUUUCAUAAGAGAAGAUAAGAGUUUCAGAUAUUAAUGUUGUGAUAUUUUUACAAUGUAAUAAUACCCGUUAUUACCUGUAUUACCGAUUGUAUUAUAACGUUUAUUUAUAUUUAGAGAAGCGACUCGAAGCGCAGAAAAGAUGCGCCUUGCAAGACGUCUUCAGUUAAUUGCUAUAUGAUUUACCGUUGUUGACCGUUCGUCAUUAUCUAACUCUGUGAAAAAGAUGCGAACUUCCAUGUGCUAAUAAUAACAUCUCGAAAAUUGAAA